AUGUCUGGGGUGGAUGACAUCGAGGGCCUCAUCACCCAGCUCCGUGCCAAUGGAGCAACGGUUCGACGAAGAGCGAUGAAGGAGAUUCUGGAGAUCGUCGACAAGGAUUCUAACCGAGUCUCACUCUCCACGAUGGGUACAGGGAAGCAGAGCGUGUGGGUGCGGCUGAUAAAGAACGCCAAGCUCGCGGUCGACAAAGAGGUGGCCGCGGCGGACAAGAGAGGUCGGGACCCGAGAAAUGACGAGGCGGACUGUUUGUGGAAGCUCGUCCGACUGGCAGGCGAGAAGCCAGGGCAGUUGGGGGCCGUGACGGAGACCUUGCUUGGGCACGUCGUAAGCGUGCUCGAAGACGACUUCGCGAGGAAGGCUUACGGCCAGAUCUACACCCAGAUCCUCUGCAAGAUUCUCGAGCGCACCCAGCGCGAGUACAUCGUGGAGUACCUUCGGCUGCACCUCCGCAUCGCUCGGGCAGCAAGAGAGGGCUGCGCCGAGGGCGACCGGGACCCCAUCUUCGACGCCGUACCCACGCUCUACAGGCUCCUGGUGAACGAGCAAGAGAUCGCCGGGGCGGUCGGAUCCGCCGCCUUGCAGCUGCAGCAGCGACGCCGCGGGGGUCCUGGCCUGUGGCUCUCCCUCGAGCGCCGCGGCCGCGCGCACCUGCUGCUGUGCGCCGACCUCGUCCGGUGCUACCGGGAAGAGCAAGACGCGCUGGAAGAAAAAGAAGAAGAAGCGGCGACGGGGGGAGGUGGAGGGAGUUCCGCGGGCGAGGCGGCGUCUUACGCCGGGGUGCGUGGCAAGAGGAAGUCCAACCACCCGGAAGCUCGAGAUGGUGGUGGUGACGGAGGGGGGAGGAAGCGGCCCCGUGCGGUGGACCCCUGGGAGGAUAUAAUGGGGGCACUUAGCCCGCUUGACGGGGGGGGGGGGCUGUCUAGCAUCCCCGGGGGUGGUAGGAGCGGCAGGCGGUCGCCCGCGAACAGCGCGGGCGGCGGGUCCUCCAGCGGCGCCGGCGCCGGCAGCGGCUCGGUCGGGACCACCGCCGGCGCCUCGAAGAGCCCCGUGCACGCUCUCCCGUGGCUGCAACUCCUGGCGGCCGUCCUGGAGGCAUACCCCGAGGGGGGGUGUUGGUGCCCGCAGAACACGGCAAAGGAGCUGGCGCGAGCGGUGUCCGCGGUAGACAACCAGCUCAAGUCCAUCGCCGACAGCUCCGUCCACCUGUGGGCGCUUGUGUGCCUCCUGCGGGCCGCAGAAGCGUCUGGCGCGCACAUGCGUGGUUGCCGUGGAGGCGGCGGCGGCGGAAGCGGCGGCGGCGGGGGAGGCGAAGCCGGGGUUCUUGGCGGCGGUAGAGUGAAGCGGGCGGGGGCGGGGGCGGGGGCAAGGGCGGCCGUGGAAGUCUUAAACGCGGCGUGGCGCUCGGUGUGGGCUACGCUGCUCCGCGCAGACCUGCGGUUUUCCAACCCCACGGCGCGGUGCGAGAGGGGGGGGGUCGGGGAGGCGGUGGUGGCGGUGCUGGGAGCGUGCAUGCGGGAGCGGCUGGUCGAGCCCGGGUUCGUCACCAAGGAGCAGGACCGCAUUUGGGCGCUGCCGUUGUUUCGGGCGCCCGCCGGCGCGUCCUUCUCGGCGGAGGCGUUUCGUCUGGUGACGGCGUUCCUUCGGCGGGGUGACCUGCUGGAAGGGCGGGACAACAUAUGCGCGCAGAUGCAGAUGCACCCUGGUCCUGGUGGUGCCGUGGCUCCAGACACCGCCGGCGCCGGCGCCGGCGCAACCGAAUCGGACGGAGACAACAGCGCCGACGAAGCGGCCGCGGGAAAGACUGGCGGCGUCAAUGGCGGCGGCCGCCAGACCAGGCGUCGCUGGCGCCUGCUGCAGUACAUUCUCGGGUGGGUGGAAGGUGCCGCGCUUGAGGGCAGCGGCGGCGGAGGCGAUGGGGGUGGUGUGGCUUCGCCGGAGGCCGAGGAGGCGCUGGCCGCCGCCACGGUCGCCUUGGUCGCCGUCACUUGUUCGGGGCCGCCGGCGGCGGCGGAGGAAGGUACCGGUGCUGCUGCCGCCAUCAGCGGCGGCGCGACCGCAAGCUCAAGAUGCCCCCGCCGACCGUUUCUCAUCGAAACCGGCGACACUCCUUGCCCGCUCCUCGACGCUGGCGGCGGCGCCGAUCGAGAAGCCCCGGCUGCCGGCGGCGGUGGCGGCGGCGGCGGCGGCGUUGCUGGCGGGGGCGGUGGUGCCAUCGCGGACGGCGUGUGGGGCGGCGCGCUUGACGAUCUGGGACCGUUUAGGCGGCGCCAUGGUGGCGAAGGGGAAGGCGCCGGGGGGGGCGCGAGGAAGGGAUGGGCGGCGGCCACCGCCGUUGCCGUGUGGGGGCACGGGAGGAGGGGCGGCGGCGACGACGCGGAGCUCCCCGCCUACGUCGAUUUUAUGACCUCCACCCUGAAGGAAUGCGAACCGAGGGUAGAAGCUUCUUCUGCCGCAGCGCUCCAAGCGGAGGCGUCGCCCUUGUCCGGCAGGACAAGCCUGGAGACCGGUGUCCUGGGCGGCGGAGGGGGCGGCGGCGACGGCGGGAGCAACAUGGUGUCUCGCGAAGACACGGCGGCCAUGCACCGCUUGAUCGCCCGCUGGCUCCGCGCGGAGGUGGCCAGGCUCGCUCGCAGGGCUGCGGAGCCCAUGCUCCCGGUGGAGAGGGCAAGGGUGGUCCGCGCGCUGCUGCACUCGCUCGGUGUUUUUGCGGUAUUUUUCAGCCAUGCCUGCGAGGCUGGGGUGGACCACCUCGACCUGCAGUCCGCGCUCUGGGCGUCGGUGGCCGCCAGCGUGAAGGCUCUCGAGCACACCGCGAGGGUGGCGGAGUACGCCACCCUCUGCGAGGGCCUGGCACGGCUAAAUCGCGUCGUCCGAUCCCUCCUGCACCGGGCGGCGGGCUGCUCCUCCUCCGACCUGUCGGAGCAACGCUGUGAGCUGCAGGGCGGGGGAGGAGACGAUUAUGGGUCGGCGUCCGCACUGGGGGAGGUUCUACGCUUCUGCUCCAAGAUGGUCAAAGACUGGCACAGAGGAACCCUAACAGCGGAACCCUCACCGGCCACCAUCGCCGCCGCACCGGGACGGUCGAGCUAUCGUCAACGGGGUGGUGGCGCCGGCGGCGGCGGCAGGGGUAGUCCGUCGCUCAGUAGCGGCGGCGGCGGCGGCGGGCGGGGCGCGGGGCAGUUCAUGGGAAGUCGGCGCUCGCGCGCCACGGCAGGCGGCGGUGGCGGCAGCGGCGGCAGCGGCGCGUUCUCCGAUGACGAUGAUAUGAUGGACGACGACGGCGACUCGUUCGGCGGCGGCCGGGGCGGCGGCGGGAGCGGCGGGAUCGCCGGCGGCGCACGAUCCGGCGGGGGCGGAAAUGGGUGGGAAGGAGCGAGCGGCAGCGGUGGAGGUGGUUUCGCCGCCUCUCAGCACUCGUCGACGCAGGGCGGUGGAAGCGGCGGCGGCGGUGCGGGCGUUGGGAGUCGCCACGGACGGGCCGGGGAGAGUUUUUUCGGGGAGGGCAAGGAACCCGAGGGCGCCCUGAAAGGGGCGGUGGUGUGGUGCGCGCGGCUCUCCCUCGCGAUAAGCCCGCACCCGUCCACGGCCCGCCGGCUGUCGCAGGUGUUCGAGAAGGCGUACGGAGGCGGGCUAGUCGACGAGGCGGAGCUGUUCGCCGUGGCACGGGCGGCCGCAGAAGUGUUCUUCACGGGGGAAGACGAGGAGGAGGAGGAGGAGGAGGAGGAGGACGCCGACGAAGAGGGAAACAACAAGGAAGGCGGCCCGAGAGGGGGAGGGGGGGGAGGGCUCUCUCUGGUGAGAUCGGCCGUGAAGCUCGUGGUCACCUACGCGGACGAGGACGACCGCUCCAGCGGCUGGCUGCUGCGGCUCCUCGGGGUCGUCCAGCAGACGGUGGUCGCCCGCGGCCAGCAGGGAGGGUUCCCCCUGACCCCCAGGGGCGGCGGCAACGACAACAACAGCAACAUGGGGUCGGCCGCCGGCGAGGCCGAGCGCGACUGUCUCGCUAGGCUCGCGGCCUCCGUGUUCAAGGACAAGCUCGUGGUGGCCGGCGCGAAGCACAGCCGGCUGGUCCGCGCGGCCCAGGUCUCCGCCGCCCGCGCCAUCUUCGACGCCUUCCCCGACGACGGGCUGCGGGACCGCUUCGCGUCGCUUGUGUUCCGGAGGACGACGGACCUGGACUCCGGGGUGCGGUCGGCCGCGGUCGGGGCGACUCGCAUCCUCUUCCGCCGGUUCUCGCCGGAGAAGCACGGCGCAAUCUUCGCGACGGUGCUGGGCAGGCUCCCGCCCGUGGUUGUGGUAGACGACCGGGUGGAGCUCGAGGAUGACGACGACGACGACGAGGGCGACGGGGAGGGGGCGACGACGAUGCUGGCUUCCGAGCAGGCGUACGCGAGGCUCUCGGCCGGGCGGUCCGAGAACGAGCGCCGGUACUUCGUCGUGUGCCGGCGGGAGUUCGAAGCCACGUCCCUGGUCACCGUCGCCGACAUGGCCGCCUCCAGCGCGAGGGUCACGCGGGCGGCGCUCUACCACCUCCUGCGGCGGUCGGUGAGGCCCGAGCUCGCGCCGGCGGUGCGCCGGCUGACGGAGCUGCUGGCGCGAGGCCUCGGGUUCGGCUCCGGGCCCGCGCUGCUCAGGGAGCACCUGAUGUUCUUCGUCUCGGAGUGGCUGACGGACCGGUCGUCCCUGGAAGGGUUUCCAUUCGAGCUUCUCCUGGAGCAUUCCGCGCGGGCGGGGAGGGGGCGCGCGCUCCGAGCCUGCGCGCACGUGGCCGUCCCGCUGGCGGUCGUGCAGCUUUCCCGGAAGGACCGCCUGCGGGAGGUGCAGGCGAUGGCGGGGGAGCUGGGCAUGGGGGCCACGGACAACGGCGUGGCUCGCCUCGUCAGGCUCCACGUGGCCGACAUCAAGGCGGUGUACCUGCCCCUGCUGUACACCGGGGACGGCGGCGACGGCGGUAGCGCGUCUGGAAACCCGGGAGCGGGGGACGCGAGCCGGGACAGAGCGGUCGCCAACGAGGCGGACGGGUUCCUGCAGAGGGUCAUCGACGGGGGAAAGGUCGGCAAGACCUCGGACAACCUGCAGACCCUGGUCCUCCGGCUGCUGGACAUGGGGGCCGUUGAACCGUUCGGCGCGUUCGGGCGCCUGACCCUCAGGUCCAUCGCGGACACCCUCGGGCAGGUCGCGAGCCAGCUGGGCGCGGGUGGUGGCGGCGGUGGCGGCGGCGGCGGCGGCGGCCAGCAGCGAGCGAGCGGCUCCGGAGGGGCGGGGGCGGCGGGCGCCGCCGACACCGGGGACCUCCUGAGGCGGGUAAACUUCGUGGAGGUGGUGCUCCACCUGCGAGGGCUCAUCGCGCGCGCGAGGGGGGUCGAGGCGCAGCGGCGGGUGUUCGACAUGCUGGAGUUCGUGGUCACGGAGGCUCGCGCGGAGGAGGACGCCAGCUGCCUGUCGUCGACGGAUGAUGAUGAUGACGACGAAGAUUCCGUGAGCGACGAGGAUGACUUCGACCUCGUCCCUCGGCGGCAGGGUGCGGGGAAGAAGAAGAAAACGGUAGGUUCGCGGCGGGGGGGGCAAAAGAGCGGUUCAAGCGGAGGAGGAGGGGGAGGAUCAGGUCGACGGAGCCCGAAUCCGCGCGUUGGAGGCGUGGGGAGGAGGGCACAAGAAGAGGAGGAGGAGGAGGAGUGCGGGCGUGUGGCGACCCUCGUGCUGGGUCUGCUCAAGUCGCUCGUGGUCGACUCCCCGGCGUCGAUGACCGGUCUCGUGUCCCGCCUGCACCCCUUCCCCGACGAGUCCUCCUUCUCCCCGGGCCUGCAAGCCGUCUCCCGGGCCCUCGCGACGAGGAAGGAGCUGGAGGCCUUGAGCUCCCCGGCCAAUGCCGCCUCCUCCUCCUCCUCCUCUACGGCGGCGUCUACGCCGGCGGCGGCGGCGGCGGCAGAGGUUUGGCAAGCCGCCGACCGACUGGUCGAGGGGACGGCCGGGGAAGGCGGAGCAUCGUCGUCGACUUCGUCGUCAUGCCGCACAGCGGGGUCUCUCCUCGCCAACCUUUCGCACCUCAGAGCGGCGCUGCGCCGGUGGGAAGGCCUGGCGUUGACGGGGGCCGGCGGCGGCGGCGGCGGCGGCAGGGACUCCGAGGACCCGCUGUCGGCGCCGAAGGCGCUACUCUCGAGGGGGGUGGGCGCAAACGAGCGUCUCCUGAAGGCCAGCCCGGCGGAGGUCCAGGCGCUCCUCGGCCCCUUUACCUCCAGGCUUGCCCGGAUGAACACCGCCCGCAUGGCGGCCCGCGUGUGGGACGGCCUGUUCGGGGACGCUCGCUCGAGCGGUAGCGAUGGAGGAGCGGGCGGGGGGCGGUCGGUGUCCCCCCCCGGGUCAGCGCUCUCCGACGGGGUCUGGACGACGGCGGGGAAGACGUUCCCUCAGUGGGUCUGCGGCGUAACGUCCGCGCUCUUGCUCGAGUGCUACGCCGGGGUGACCUCUCGGUGCUUCCAGAACGCCGCUUCCAAGGGUGGCGGGAGCGACGACCAGACCUUCCCCCCGCACCCCGCGGCGGCGGCGGCGGUGGCGGCGGCGGCACCACCACAAGGGCCGCAGCUGGAGGGACGGGACGAGAUGCUGGCGCUGUGCUACGCGCUGUGCCGCCGGAAGUCGGAGCUGGCGGCCUGCCUCCUCCCGGCGAUAGUUUACGACCUGGUGAGGUCUCACGACGACGAUGAAACGGGAAACGGCAAGGGCGGCUCCGGUGCCGCCGGAGGCGGGGGUAGCGACAACAGCAACCUGGCCGCGACGGAGCUGUCAGCGGCUUUCCGCAGGCACCUGUUCCACCUCGCCGAAGGACGGGAAGAGGGAGAAGACGGCGGCGUUAACCCGCAGGCGGCCGCGCUGGGCGUGGAGGUGCUCAACUUCCUGCGCGGCCGCCAGAUCGCGGCCUUCCUCCUGCACCACCAGCAACAGGGCCGGAGAAACAGCGGUAGCAGUAGCCGCAAAGGGAAGGCGGCGGCGGCGGCGGCGGUGGCGGCGGCCGAGGAGGAAGGGGGUGGCUCCUGCCGCUGGCUCGGGUGGGCCGGGGAAGGGCGGGGGGACGACGGCGGCAGCGGGCUUCCGUUCGGGUACUACCUGGACCUCGACGCUCUCGGCGUCGCGAGGGCGGCGGCCCGGUCCGGCGCGCAGUGCUCGGCGCUGUUCUACGCGGAGGCCUGGAUCGAGGGGCGGUUCGGGGAGGCCGCCGGGAUAACGGCCUCGAGGUGGCGGGACCAGGGGGAGGGGAGCGGCGGCGACGGGUUGGACGGGGGCGGAGGCAGCGGGCAGCAGCAGCUCGCGGACGAAGAAGAAGAAGAAGAAGAAGAAGCGUGGGGGGGCGGGGCCGGAGCGGCGGAAGGAGGCAGGGAGAAGAGGGAGGUGGAGCGGCUGCUGCUGGAGGUGUUCUCGAGCCUGCCCGAGCCGGACAGCAUCUACGGGGUGCCGGCGCCCGCGGCCGACCUCUCCGCGCAGGCGACCGUGUACGCUCACGAGGGGGGGUGGGAGAACACCCUCCCGGCGUACGACACGCUCUUGCAGAGCGGGCACCAGCGGCCGCCGUUGGCGGCGGGGGCGGGAGGAGGGGGCGGCGGCGCUGGGUCGCUGCUGCUGCCACCGGGUAUCGGCCUGCAGACGGGCGUUGCCGCGUCUCUUCAGCGUAUGGGUCUGCGGCACGUGCUCGAGCACUAUCUGCGGGGCCUCCGCGUCGGGCCUGCGUCUCUCCGCGGCCUGCCCGACCUCGACGGCGAUCUGCGCGACAUGCAGUUCGAGUCCGCCUGGAGGAUGUCCGAGUGGGAUCCGGCUCUUUCGACUUUCACAAACGGUGCCGCCGACAACGACAACAACCGCCCGGCGGUGGCGGCGGCGGCAAUCGGCGGUGCGGCGGCCAGAGAUACCGCCGCCACCUCCGCCGCGGCGAGCAUCGGCGGCGGCGGUGGCACGGCAGACAGCAGCGGCAGGCCGGUCUUCCACGAGCAUAUCCUGCAGGCUCUGGGCUCCCUGCGGCAGCGGAACGCGUCCGUCUUCUCAUCGGCAGUGGGGAACGCCCGCUCCCUGGCCCUCGCCCGGCUCGGGUCCGGCGGCGGCGCCAGCCUGGAGGGCGGCAAGGGGCUCUACCCGUGCCUGGUCCAGCUGCAGUGCGUCGCGGAGCUGGAGGAGGCGUUCGAGGUGUUUUCGGCGCCGGCGGGCGGGGCGCAAGGCGGGCAGCAGGGGGGGGACGCUGUCGACGAUGCGGCGGAGACCCUGAUGGAACGGUGGCGCGCGCGGUCCGUACCCGUUGAGGAGCACUUCGAGUCGCUGGAGCCCGUCUUGGCACUUAGGGAGGCGAUGGUAAGGGUUCUGCACCACGAGAGGCCUGGGGUGCGCAGCCGGCGCUUGGUGUUGCGACACCUCCUUGACGUGUCUCAGUCGGCUAGGAGGGUCGGGCACCACUCCAUUGCACAGGGUGCACUUCACCGUUUCCUGAAAGUCAGCCGCGCGGACGUCAUUGCCACCCCUCCACCGUCGUCGUCGUCGUCGUCUCACCAAGCCCUUCGACCCGAGGACCGAGCCUCCGAGGCCAUGCGGUGCCGCCUAGCGGAGGCCCGCGUGUCGUGGGGGAAGGGGGAGACCGACUCCGCCCUGCGGGCGGCGCGGGCGGUGGCGACGCGCCUAAGGGCUCGCGUUGGCGGUGGUGGUGGGGAGGGGCAUGAAGAACAGCGUCUUUUGUCGGAGGCGCUGCGCUUAACGGGGGCGUGGGUCUCCAAGACCAAGAGCGAGAGCAGCCGGGAGAUCCUCGAGUCCUACCUCAACCCCGCGGUCGAGGCCGCGCUAGCCGGCGGCGGGGCGGCGUUAGCCGCCCCCGGCGGCGGCGGCGCCGCCGAUCACGGGGAUGAUGAUGGUGAUGGUGAUGGUGAUGGUGAUGGCAGUCGCGCCUUCGGUGUCGGGUGGGGAGGGGGCGGCGCGAGGCGGCUGCUUUGCGCCGCGCACUUCACGCUCGCGGAGUACCUGGCGGGCCUGUACACCUCCGUGAAGGGGCGCGUGGAGAGCCCGGAGUGGCGGGCGGCGGGGCGGGUGUCGGAGAGCAGGGCGCGGGAGCUGUCGUCUUGCCUUAAGCAGCUGAACGAGAUGAAGCGGUCCGGCCGCAAAACCCUGGGUGUGGACGGAGACUACACGAACCUCUACCGCUACGCCGCCACUCUCCGCAAGGAGGAUAACCUCGAUCGGGAGGAGCGGGCCGGCGUUGAGAAGUCGGUGGGAAAUUUUCUCACCAGUGCCCUGCGGAACUACGGCAAGGCGCUCGCGGCCAGCAGGGAGCCCGACCUGCGAGCCGUGUUCGCGGUGGUAUCGUUGUGGUUCAACAACCAGACGGAUCAAACAGUGGACGAGGAGAUGAAGGAGAUCACUCGCACGGUGCCGAGCUACAAGUUCAUCCCCCUGACGUACCAGAUCUCGAGCCGGGUGGGGUCGGCGGACGACCCGAGGUUCCGUGCCUGCGUGCACGGCCUCAUCCGAAGACUCUGCCUCGAGCACCCACACCAUUCCCUCCUGCAGCUGCUGGCCCUGGCCAACGGGGAGAAUGUCAGCGGCGGGGGGGCCACGCAGUUCAAGCAGAACGUUUCCACCGAGAAGAUCCAGGCGGCGAGGGGGCUCGUGGAUGGGCUCAAGAAAGUCGACGCACCAGGGUCUUCUACAGCGGCGGUUGGGGGUGCCGGGCCGGCGGCUUCACUGUCCAGCAUGCCCGCCCUCGUGUCGGGGCUGGAGCGACUAGCGGAGGCGUACAUCGACCUGGCCAUGGUAAACACCACCAAGUUCCACAACAAGAAGACGGGCGGGAUCACCUUCGCCGAAGCCGUGCCCAAGGGCAAGCCCACGCUAGACCGCUGCCUGCGCGAUCGAGGCUCGGGUCUGGCGGCGGGUUCUCGGGGUAGAGGGAGCAGCGAGAGCAGCGGCGGUGGGAGAGUCAUGCCGGGGGUCGUGACGAGGCCCCCGGCGGUGAGGCCGGACGCGGACUAUCGGGGAACGCCGACGAUAGCGGGCUUCCAGAACUCUUUUUCCAUCACGGACAGCGGCAUUCACCGCCCGAAGAUCGUGCACUGCGACGAUUCCACUGGGCACCGCUACCGGCAGCUGGUCAAGGGCGCGGACGACAUCCGGCAGGACGCGGUCAUGGAGCAGGUGUUUGCGACGGUGAACACUUUCCUGAGGGAAGACCCCGCCGCCCGCAAGCGUCGGCUGCGUGUCUUCACGUACACGAUCGUGCCCCUCUCGCCGGACUCGGGAGUGCUGGAGUGGGUGGAGGACACGAUGCCCUUCGGGUCCUACCUCACCGAUCGGGGGUCGGGCAGGGCGGGCGCCCACCGACGUUACUUCCCGAAGGACUGGCUCCAUGCCAAGUGCCGGACGCACCUCAAGAACGCGGUGGACAAACGCAAGGGGUACAAGGAGGUCGAGGACAACUUCCACCCUGCCUUCCGCUUCUUCUUCCUCGAGAACUUUCCGGAGCCGUUCGCGUGGUAUAACAGCAGGCUCACCUUCACCAGGAGCGCGGCGGUGAGCUCGAUCGUCGGCUACGUCCUCGGCAUCGGCGACCGGCACGCGCACAACAUCCUGGUGCACCAACGUACCGCCGAGGUGGUCCACAUCGACUUCGGUGUCACCUUCGAGCAGGGCAAGGCGCUGUCUACGCCGGAGACGGUGCCGUUCCGCCUCACCCGCGACGUCGUCGACGGCAUGGGCGUCACCGGCACGGAGGGCGCGUUCCGACGGGCUUGCGACGCCGCCAUGCGCGUGCUCCGCUCCGACGCCCCCAGCGUCCUCACCAUCCUCGAGGUCCUGCUGCACGACCCCCUCUACCGGUGGAUGCUGUCCCCGCUCGCCGCGCGGCAGCGGCAGCAGGAGGAGGAGAAGGUCGGCGGCGACGGGGCGGCGGCGGAGGAGGCGGCGGCGGCGAUGGUGGCGGUGGCGGGGGAAGACGCCGGGGUCGGCGGGGACGCUGCCCAGCGGGCGCUGGCGAGGAUCAAGCACAAGCUGCAGGGGUACGUGGACCCGAACGGGGACGCGAUGAGCGUGGAGGGGCAGGUGAAGCUGCUCAUCAACCAGGCGAGGGAUCCGGAAAACUUGUGCAAGCUCUACCCAGGCUGGGCGCCGUGGCUGUGAUAUUAUUUUC